CCUAGGGAGGGAGUAACCAUCGACCAGGUGUCUGUAGUCUGUCAGAGGGGAAAUGGGCAGGGCAGUUUAGGCCCCUGAGCAGCAGGAGGCAUCAAAGGAAGUGCCUAAGAGAAAGAUCAAGGUACUCCCAGAGUUGAAGACUGGCCCUGUGUCUGCAGCCUAGAGUACAGGCGCGGGAAAGAGCAGGGAGGGUGUGUGCAGAGGGUGUGUGCCCAAGCACACCACGGACGUGGCAGCUCCGGGUAGGGGCUGAACGUAGGGCCGUGAGCUCUCUUCCUUUGCCCAGCUGGUAUCCAGUCCCAAGAGAACUCGACUCCAGCCCCGGACAAUGCACCAGGAUGCCCGCUAUCCUCAGCCUUCUCCGUCUGUGAAUGGUUCGCUGGAGCAGGAGCCUCAAAGGCGGCUCCCGGAGAUGCUGGGUGAGGUCUGGGAGAGCCCCCGAGAGGACGGGCUGCCUCUGCUCAUUGUCAUCAUCGCCGCCUUCGUUCUGCUAGCGCUCUGCAUCGUGCUGGCUGUGCACUGUGGACCCACAUUGCACAAGGGCCACGCCGCUCUCCUGACAGAGCCACCAGCACUAAAGCCGGAGAACGGCGUUUCCCUCAUCCACUGGCGACUGCUGGACCAGCCGGAGAGUCACACACAAACCCAGCGGGGACUUCCUACCCCUCACUCUGGCUCUGCCGGAGGUGGGCACAGGCCCAGCGUUGAUGAAGUCACGUAUCUGUAGGAGGGUGAUUUGGAGUCAGCCCCGACUGGUCUCAGAAACAAGAACCUGGACCGAAAAAGUGAAUUGGGACCUGGGGUGUCUGGACUCAGCCAGAGCAACCCUCAGGCGUUUGACGAGAAAGCUGCCCGUGGUGACAAGAAACAUAAAAGCCACCUAGGACCUUGCCCACAGACAUGGUGCCAAGGACACCCUUGCAACGUUUCCCCUCGGGGACCUCCGGAACCUCCUCUGGGUUCCUGUUCCCUUCUUGUACCUCUGGUCUCCAUCCCUGAGCAGGAAUAUCAGAGAAGGCCCUGCCUCCAAACAUUGCUGAUCCAGGGAGAGCUAAGGCAAGGGACUGUGGGAUGCCUUCUCUGUGACACUGGGUACUUGGAAAGGCGGCAACCUCUGUUGCCUUCCGGGGGAGCCUUGGCUGUUAGCCUAGGCCUUGUCCUGACACCCAGAGCCCUUGGAAUCCUUAAUCUCCACUUAGAGUUCCAAGACUGGGCCUUGAUUUGUCCCCCAACUCUGCCUCGACGUCCUAGGGUAUGAUGGGGGUAGUUUAGGGGCUCUUAUUACCUCUUACUUUCUGGGUGAGGGUGGGCCUGUUGGAACAAGCCUGAAUUUUGCUACAAAUCUGUUCCAGCUCCAGAACUUUCCAGCGAGAGUGGGAAAACAGAAAAAAGCAAAGGAACUCUAUGGAACUUGUUUGGGAAAGGAGGGAGCAUGGAGGGGAUCCAUCCCUGCCGGGAAGGAGCACAGUUCAUCCCGUGGUCAGGAAAACAAAGCUGGCCUAGGGUGCCUCUCUGGAAAGGUACCCCUUCCUCUGGUACCUCAGCACCUCACUCAUGUGCAGUCAGACACAUACAGACAUAAACCACACAAACUGGG